AAAUGCGUUUACGUAUCGGUCGUUUACGUUAUCAUUAUGUGAAAUUUAUAAUAUUGGCAAUGGUUUGUGGAGCCGGUCUCUAUUAUUAUUUUGCAAAAAGCGCAUUGGACUUGGAUAAACGUUCUCAAAUAGCCAUAAUGGAACGUUCCAUUAGAUCGGUGGUUAAUAAAGGCGAAUGUUUAAUGCCAGAAUUACCCAUUGAUAAUCCAGAAAUAAUGAAAUUUUAUAAAAAGGUUGACAAAUUGGAUUGCGGCAAAGCCACAGAUGACUGGGUAAUGUGUGAGAAAUCUAUUUGUUUUGUAAAACCGGAAAUUUUGGCACUGCACGGUGAAGUAAGUUGUUUUUAUACGGAUAUAAUACGUAAAAAUGAUUUCAAAUCACGCUAUGGUAAAUCAUUGCGUACAAGUGAACCGUAUGUAUUGCAAGAAUCGGAUUUUGUUAAGGUGUUUUGCACGGCCAAUGAUGGUGCCAGUUGGUUUGGCAUGGCGUAUGGUAUACGUGAUGGUGUUGAAAAAUCAAUUGUCCAUAAACCAAUACCACCUCCGCUGGAUGCAAAUCCAAUGAAUGUUUUAGAUUCUCUCAACGAUUUGCCGCGAUAUUUCAAUGUAUUAAUGUUUGGUUUUGAUUCUUUGAGUCGUAACGCUUUCAUACGCAAAUUACCCAAAACUUAUGAAUAUUUGACAAAGAAAUUGGGUGCUGUAGUCUUGACAAGUUAUAAUAUUGUUGGCGAUGGUACACCACAAGCUUUGGUGCCCAUUUUAACGGGUUAUAAUGAACUUGAAUUACCGGAAACACGCAAACGUAUGUCAGAUGCUUUAAGUGUUGAUCGCGCCUAUCCCUUGAUAUGGAAGGAUUAUGAAGAACAUGGUUAUAUAACAUCAUUCAAUGAAGAUCUACCGAAUGUUGGUACAUUCACAUAUCGCAUGAAGGGUUUCGAAACUCAGCCGGUACAUCAUUAUUUGCGUACAUAUUACUUGGAGGUGGAUAACAUAUUAAGUUCAUCAAGUCCACAUUGUGCCGGACAUACACCGGGACAUAUGGUUAUGUUGGACUAUACGAAAAAUUUCAUGGCCAAGUACAGUGAUACCCCAAGAUUUGUGUUCAGUUUUCAUGGUGAUUUGUCACAUGACUCCAUUAAUUUAAUUGAGGUUGCCGAUGAUGAUGUGGUGAACUGGUUUGAAGAUCUGCAACAUAAGAAAUUGCUGGACAAUACAAUUCUUAUAUUUAUGGCUGAUCAUGGAAAUAGAUUUUCCGAUGUUCGUUCUACACUUCAAGGCAAACAAGAAGAACGUUUGCCAUUCUUUAGUUUUACAUUUCCCGAAUCGUUUAAGAAACGUUUUCCCCAAGAAUAUGGCAACUUUGUAGAGAAUAGUGGACGCCUGACAACACCCUACGACAUUCAUGCCACACUCAAACAUAUUUUAGAACUUCAAAAGGUAAACAAAAACGACAACAACAAUGACGAUGAUGAACUUUACAAUAACGAAGAUAAUCAUCCGAAAACCAUGGCCAAUAAACCAAUUAUACAAGUAUCCGAUUUAGCUUUAAAUCGUGCCAUAUCCUUAUUUGAUCCCAUACCAAAAAAUCGUAGUUGUGCUGAUGCCUAUGUCGAACCACAUUGGUGCGCCUGCCUGAAUUGGCAACAACUAAAUAUUACCAAUGAAAUGGGACCAUUAUUAAAGGCCGCGAAUAGUAUAAUAAAUACUAUCAACAAUGCCACCGAAACAUUUCGUAACUAUUGUGAAGUGUUGCAAUUGAAACAAAUUAAUUGGGCAAUGCGUCUGAUGCCACAUCGUGCCCUAUUGGCAUUUAAACAUAAUGCCGAUGUGGAUGGUUAUAUGGCAGAAAUGGGUGAUAAUACUCGAACGCCCGAAGAAAUAUAUCAAUUACAAAUUAUGGUAUCGCCGGGAGAUUCAUUGUUCGAAGCUAGCGUUUAUCAUAAUUUGGAAACAUUUACAAUGCGUACGAAACUAACGGAGAUUUCAAGAAUAAAUAAAUAUGGUGCGCAAGCAAAUUGUAUAUAUGAACGUAAUCCGGAAUUACGUAAAUAUUGCUAUUGUAAAAAUUAA